AUGAAGCCGUCCGCCAUCACCACGGCGCUCUUUAGCUUGGUCUCCGUCGCAUUCGCUGGCGUAACCACCGACUCCAAGACAUCAAAGCUCAUCCUGCCCGCCGAUUUCAAGCCUCCACAGGUCUUCAAGAAUGCCAAUUUGGUGCACAUCGUCUCCCUCGAGAAGAACUACGUCAAGGAGCAAAUCAAUGUCCUCAUUGAGAACGUUUCAGAGCAACCUCAAACAGAGUACUAUUUGCCAUUCUCCGCCGACCAGCUCUCUCGUGUAGGAGGUUUCGAAGUCAAGGACCGAAAGGACGCGAACACCGGGCCUUUCGCGGUCGAGACUGUUGAAUACGACCCCCUCAGGAACGUCAAGUUCUACACCAACGUCCCCCAGUCGUCCAUCAUGUCUACCUCUGUCGAUUUGACCAAAACUUACCUCGAUACUAUCGGCAGAACACAUGUGACCAUUAAGGCACGAAACUUGGUCGACGAGUUCCGGGACCGACAACUGAUCAUCUCUUACGACACGCCCUUGUCGGGCACUCUUCGGAAGCCUCUGGUCGUCUUUGCCAGUGCGAUGGUCGUUGUUUUCACAACCUGGGCACUGGGCCAGGUGCAGGUGGGAUUUAAGCCCCAGAAAUAG